AUGGCUGAAGCUGAUAAUAUUUCCGCAAAAGCUAAAAGGUUUUUGGAAGAUGAAGACAAAGCAAAUAAGAGGUGCCUCAAAGGGUGGUGCAUUAAUCUCAGACAACAUUAUCGAUUCAGUAAGGAAGCAAAGAAGCAGACUCUGGCGAUUUCUAAUCAGCUCCAAGAAGCGGCAAAGAUUGAGAGUGUGUCAAUUCCUGCUCCUCCUUCGGGAAUUAUAUCAUCAUCCGAGGUAUUUUCUUCUGGCCCUUUUGAAUCUAGAAAUUCAAUUAAGAAGGAAAUCGUGAAGGCGUUAGUUGAUGAUGAUGGUGUCUACAUAAUUGGAAUAUGUGGGAUGGGGGGUGUGGGUAAAACCACACUAGUAAAAGAAAUGGGCAAACAAUUAAAAGAUGAAAAGAUAUAUGAUCCAGUAGUGAUGGCAGUUGUCUCUCAAACUCCUAGCAUAAUGAGGAUUCAAGGAGAAAUUGCUGACAUGUUAGGUGUAACGGCAUCUCUACCUGCUAAUUCUGAAAUAGAAAGAGCAAGUUUCUUAUCGGGGAGAAUCAUGGAGAAGAAGCGGAUUCUCGUAAUACUAGACGAUGUUUGGAGAAAAAUAAAGCUUGAUGAUAUUGGUAUUCCUUUUGGAGAAAGCCAUAGAGGUUGUAAAAUUGUAAUCACCUCUCGAAGCAUAAACGUCUGUGAUCAAAUGAAUUGUCAAAAGAAAUUUAUAGUUGAAACUUUGUCAAAACAAGAGUCUUGGGCCUUAUUCAAGGAGCUGGCUGGCACGAUUGUUGAAACUACUGAUAUAAAUCCAAUUGCAAGAGAUGUAGCUGCUAAAUGUGGCGGUUUGCCGAUUGCGAUUGUCACAGUAGCAGGGGCCUUAAAGGGGAAGAACAAGCAUGUGUGGAGCAAUGCGGCACGACAACUUCAAAAGUCCAACCCAACAAGCAUCCAAGGAAUGGAGGGAAUCGUGUUUUCAUCUUUGGAACUGAGCUUCAAUUAUCUAGAAAAUGUGGAAUCAAAAUCACUUUUCUUAUUUUGUAGCUUAUUUCCAGAGGACUACAGCAUUUCAGUUGAAGAUUUGGUUAGAUAUUGGAUGGGCUUGAGGUGGUUUGGAGAUACUGAUGAGACAACAGAAGAUGCUAGAGACAGAGUACAUGCUAUUGUAAAUACCAUCACCUCUUAUUUUCUCUUAAUUGAUGAUGGUGAAGAGCACGUUAAAAUGCAUGACGUUGUUCGUGAUUUUGCAAUAACUAUAGCCCCUAAAUACAACCGUAAGUUUAUGGUAAAAGCUGGAAUUGGUCUAAAAGAGUGGCCAAACAAAGAUACAUUUGAAGAUUUCACGUGUAUCUCAUUGAUGGCAAAUUAUAUUAGGGAGCUACCUAGUGGGUUGGAAUGUCCAAAACUGCAGGCUUUGUUACUGCAGAAUAAUAAUUUUCAGUUAGUUGUCCCUAGUAAUUUCUUUCAAGGUAUGAAAAAUCUUAGUGUUUUAGAUUUGAGUCAAACUGAACUCUUGUCAUUGCCUGAAUCACUUUCAUUUCUCUCAACAAUUAAAACACUAAAUCUUAGUGGUUGCAAGUUGGGUGACCUAUCAGUGAUUGGAAGUCUUAGUAAACUAGAGAUUCUUAGCCUUUUCAAAUCUUCUAUUCAAGAGAUCCCCGCUUCCUUUAGCCAAUUAAGUAAUCUCAAGUUAUUAGAUUUGAAUAAUUGUAAGGAGUUAACACUAAUAACUUGUGGUGUUAUACCCUCACUUAAAAAGUUAGAGGAGUUGUACAUUAAUGGAUUUAGGCAAUGGGAAUAUGAAAGUGAAAAUUUGAAAAGCAAUGCCAAUCUUGUUGAGUUAGAAGCCUUGUCCCGAUUGACUCAUUUAGAGAUUUUUAUUUCAAACCUUGACCUCUCACCAAAAUUGUUGGUAUUCCAAAAUAACCUAUCCAACUUUAAAUUAAGAAUAGGUUAUAGUGAAUAUUUUGAUGCUUCUAUGGAUGAGAGUAGAUACUCAAGAAAUAUGCUUGUCUCACAAACCAACAUUUCAAAAAUAUAUGACUGGGUUAAAGGUUUGCUCAAAAGAACCGAGAGGCUAUUUUUAGAGGAAAUUGCUAAUUUAGAGAGUAUUAGCCAUAACCUAGUUGAAGAAGGGUUCAAUGAAUUGAAGUAUCUUGAUAUCACAUCUUGUAAAUCAUUGGUGUAUAUAUUUGAUUGUAAAGAUAUUAAGAUUGCAGAGGGAGAAGCCAAGUUACUCUCAUCGUUAGAGUAUCUAAAAUUGGCAUUUUUGCCAGAGUUGUCACAUAUACGGAAUGGUGACCAUCAAUCCGUAAGCCUUUGUAGCUUGAAGAGAGUAGAACUUUGGUCAUGCGAUAAGUUGAUAAAACUAUUUUCACCAACUCUACUCCAAAGCCUUAUUUGUUUGGAAAAAAUAUAUAUAAAGGAUUGCAAUAAUUUAGAGGAGAUCUUUGAGAAGAAAGAAUCUUUGGAUGAGGAGUUAGACCACACCAUAACAUCCCCAAGUUUGGGAAACCUAACUUCUAUACAAAUAAUUAGGUGUCCUAAAUUAAAAAACCUCUUCACCCCUUCCAUUGUCAAAUGCCUGGUGAAGCUCAAAAGUCUUCAAAUAUGGAGAUGCUCAACAAUAGAAGAAAUAGUCACAAAUGAGAAAGGAGAAAAAGAAGCAUCAAUAGAGAGGAUAGUGUUUCCUAGUUUGUACGACAUGUCACUUGGAGGUCUAGGAAGCCUCACUUGUUUUAGCUCUGGGUCAUAUACUAUUGAAUACCCAGCAUUGGAGAUAUUACGUAUAUAUAGAUGUGGAAAAAUGAAGACCUUUGGUUAUGGAGAGCAAGUGGCACCCAAGCUUAACAAAGUGGUUGUAGGAUGGAAUAAAGAACGUUGGAAUAGCAACUUGAAUGCCACAGUGCAAGAGUUGUUCAAUGAACAGGAAGACGAAGAAGAAGAAUUUCCGAUGAAAGUUAUUGAGAUGUCAAUGCUAGAGAUUGUAAUAAUUUGGUUUGUUCUGUCAUUCCUAUGA